CUUCGAAGGCUGAGCUGUGCUCAGUGUUUUCGUGGUGAUGCAAGUCGGCACUCUCCUCCAGCAGUUGGAUCCCUCCCAUCUCACAGCACCUCACAGGUCUCUUCCCCCGAGCAGUGCACUGCUGGAGCGAGGAGAAGCUCACGCACGAAUCAGCUGCAGGUCCCUGUUUUGAAAAGCAGAGAUACAGAGGCAGAGGAAAAGGGUGGACUCCUAUGUGACCUGUUCUUAGAGCAAGACAAUCACCAGCUGAAUUCCAGAAGCCCUGUUCAUGGUUGGGGAUAUUUUUUCGACUGCAUGGAAUCAGAAAGAAGCAAAAGGAUGGGAAAUGCCUGCAUUCCCCUGAAAAGAAUUGCUUAUUGCCUAUGUCUCUUAUCUGCGCUUUUGCUGACUGAGGGGAAGAAGCCAGCGAAGCCAAAAUGCCCUGCUGUGUGUACUUGUACCAAAGAUAAUGCUUUAUGUGAGAAUGCCAGAUCCAUUCCACGCACCGUUCCUCCUGAUGUUAUCUCAUUAUCCUUUGUGAGAUCUGGUUUUACUGAAAUCUCAGAGGGGAGUUUUUUAUUCACACCAUCGCUGCAGCUCUUGUUAUUCACAUCGAACUCCUUUGAUGUGAUCAGUGAUGAUGCUUUUAUUGGGCUUCCACAUCUAGAAUAUUUAUUCAUAGAAAACAACAAUAUCAAGUCCAUUUCAAGACACACUUUCCGGGGACUCAAGUCAUUAAUUCAUCUGAGCCUCGCAAACAACAAUCUCCAGACACUCCCAAAAGAUAUUUUCAAAGGCCUGGAUUCUUUAACAAAUGUGUAAGAGGACCUAAGAAAUCACUGAACAAUUCAUUGAUUUGCAGUAAUUAAUAAGGAAGCCUGGCAUUGAUGAUUAGAACUUUUAAUUGGCUUCUAAAUUAAAUUAGAACUUUAAAAUUUUAAUUUUACAUUGGCCUAUAAUUUAAAUUCACAGGGACUAACAUUUCAAUCUUUUUAUGGUAUUUGCCACUGGAAAUUCUGAAUGUAUAGUACCCAGGCAUUCCUUUGACAAAACGUAUGUCUGUGUGGCAAGGAGUGAUGAUCAGGAACUUUGAGGGGGUGGGAGGAAGAGACCCACAUAGAAAUUUCAAUAUCCUUUUUUUCUCAUAAGGUCCAGGAAAUGGGGCUACAAAGGAAUAACAUAAAGGAGUCUGGGAAACUGACAGAGAAGAGAUGAAAGUUUAUACCCUUGGGUUGGUCAGUCAACAGAGAAAUGGGGCAGGAAACGGGGGAAGAGGGAAAGUUUGCCUUCUCUCGCAUUAAACUGAACAACAGCUCUAGGCUUAAUCCCCAGGAAUUUGGCUUAAGCCCCAGGAAGGGAAUGAACUUAAUUACUUUUGACCCUUUUUCAAACAAAAGAGCUUUCAAACUUUGACUUUUAAGCCUCAGAGUGAAAGAUCUUUGUAAGGAAUUUGUAUAUUUUGCUGUAAGCAAAGCAAGUAAUAUAUGCCUAACUCUUUCAAAAUCAAUUUAGCUUCAUUAAAUGCCUUCCAGAGCAUUAGAAAGGUAUUUAAAUGUCAUAAGAUAGAAUAUAGGGACAAAGAAAGGGUACAUGGAAACAAAAGUUUUAUUAUUAUUGUUACUCAGGUACUUUGCUUAGGAUAUAUAUGCAAAACAAUUUUUCCCUAAUAACAAAAAGUCUGAGCCAGAUAAUUUUCCCCCUAAGCCCAGUAUUUAACUUCAAAUCAGUAAGCUAGCGAAAAACUUUCUUUGUUCCUGGCAGUAUUCCUCCAGCCCCUCCUCCAUGCCUAUUGCCCCAAUUCCUGAAUGAUCAUCUAUUUCCAAGAGAGUGCCCAAAUCAGGCCACUUUCAAUGCAGUCCUGGACAGGCCGCAGUUAUCUGCUCUGGUUUGCAGUAGCCCCCCAAAUUUGCUGCUCAUCAUUCUGGGUCAGAGCCUCUUGGGAGGUGAGCUCCGUUCUGGAAACGUCUGGGAAAUUAGAUGAUGCUCCAUGGCAUCUGGGGAUGUAGCUUACGGGAGGUACUUGUUCCUGUUCUUGUGUCAGUCUGUACGCUCCACCAGUAAACAAAACAAAACGAAAGUCAGAAAUUGGCUCAAUCUCUAGGGAAUCCCGUGAUGUGUUUGGCCUUUGGGGCCUACUCUGAUGUGCCCAAAUCAAGAAUUAUCUUCGAAAUACAAGGAUUCCUGCCAACUUGCCUUUUAGUGGAUUUCUUGGCUUUCUUGAAAGUAUCUCCUAAAAAACAUUUUUAAAUGUUUGGGUAUUUAAAAGUUAUUUAUGUGCUAUGCGAAGAGAAGGCAGCACCUAUCUUAGGAAUUCUGUGUGACCAGGAAAGGAGAUGGAAUUCCUGAACAGAAGCAAUGCAAAUAAACAGAGAACUUGGUGAGUUGGGGUCAUAUGUGGGCAUUUAAACUGUGUCUGCUGUAUAAUGUAUUACAAGCACGAGCCUUUGUAUGUCUGUGUUAACUCUGCUGUGUCAAGGUCAUUUUCAUUUAAAACCGAAUUUGUAGACCAUGGAAGAGGAUCAGGAUUACUUACGCUCUGAGGAAGAAGAAAAGCAAAUAGCUCACUCUGUUUAAUGAAAUAUCUUACUGUCAUCACUACCUUCUCUCCUUUAGCCCUGUGCUGUCCAUCACAGUAGCCACAAGACACUUGUGCUCACUGAGCACUUGAAAUGUGGUCCUAGUGCCACUGGGAAACGGAAUUUUAAAUUCUACUUAAUUUUUUAAAUUUAAAUUUAACUUCCAAAGCUAGUUCUCCAUUCAAUUAUUGGAAAACUUUUAAAUAUGUGCGGAACAACUUAAGUGCACAAAUCUUAUUUCUUUCAACUCUAAAUUUUACGAAAUCUAAAUUCAGAUCACGUAUUUCUGAUAAAAACUUAACAUCUGAAUUGAGAUAUAUUGUUAAGUAUAAACUACACACUGGACUUCAAAGACUUGGUGUAAAAAAAGAAUGUAAAACAUUUCAAUAACGCUUAUGUUUAUGACACAUCAAAAUGAUUUUUGUAUGUAUUGGAUUGAAUAAAAUACAUUGUUAAAAUUAAUUAGACCUGUUUCUUUUUACUUUUUAAAAAGUGGCUAUAGAAAAUUUUAAAUUAUAUAUGUGGCUCACGUACUAUUUCUAUUGACAGCACAGUUUUAGAAUAAGUCACCUUGGAAUCCAAGAGGGAGUAAGUUAUGAGGCUCCAUUGCCUGGGGUGGCCUUCAAGGGUGCACUAUAGUAACUCUCUGACCCCAAACUGAAUGGUCAGUCAGGUUCAAAGCAGAUUAUGGGAUACAAUGUAAAGCCAGGUAAGGUCAUUUUGCUCAUGUUAAUUGCAGAUAUAGAAGUCAACACCUGUUUAAGUUGGGUCCUCGUACAGCAAAAGCAGCUGAAAUUUGUCUUCCAGGGAUCUGAGGGGGAAUUCCUUUAAUUGCGACUGUAAACUCAAAUGGCUGGUAGAAUGGCUUAGUCACACCAAUGCAACUGUUGAAGACAUCUACUGCGAAGGCCCUCCAGAAUACAAGAAGCGCAAAAUCAAUAGUCUCUCUUCCAAGGACUUUGACUGUAUCAUUACAGAAUUUGCAAAGUCUCAAGACCUGCCUUAUCAAUCUCUGUCCAUAGACACUUUUUCUUAUCUGAACGAUGAGUAUGUAGUCAUCGCCCAGCCUUUUACUGGAAAAUGCAUUUUCCUUGAAUGGGACCACGUAGAAAAGACUUUCCGGAAUUAUGACAACAUCACAGGCACAUCCACUGUAGUGUGCAAGCCUAUAGUCAUUGACACUCAGCUCUAUGUUAUUGUGGCCCAGCUGUUUGGUGGCUCUCACAUCUAUAAGCGGGACAGUUUUGCAAAUAAAUUCAUAAAAAUCCAGGAUAUUGAAAUUCUCAAAAUUCGAAAACCCAAUGACAUCGAAACAUUCAAGAUUGAAAACAACUGGUAUUUUGUCGUUGCUGACAGUUCGAAAGCCGGGUUUACUACCAUUUACAAAUGGAACGGAAAUGGAUUCUAUUCCCAUCAAUCCUUACAUGCGUGGUACAGGGACACCGAUGUGGAAUAUCUCGAAAUCGUCAGAACGCCGCAGACACUCAGAACGCCUCAUUUAAUCCUGUCCAGUAGUUCCCAGCGUCCUGUAAUUUAUCAGUGGAACAAAGCAACACAGUUAUUCACUAACCAAACUGACAUUCCUAACAUGGAGGAUGUGUAUGCCGUAAAGCACUUCUCAGUGAAAGGCGAUGUGUACAUUUGCUUGACAAGGUUCAUUGGUGAUUCCAAAGUCAUGAAAUGGGGAGGCGCCUCAUUCCAGGAUGUUCAGAGGAUGCCAUCGCGAGGAUCUAUGGUAUUCCAGCCUCUUCAGAUAAAUAGUUACCAAUAUGCAAUUCUUGGGAGCGAUUACUCCUUUACUCAAGUAUAUAACUGGGAUGCAGAAAAAGCCAAAUUUGUGAAAUUUCAGGAAUUAAACGUUCAGGCACCACGAUCCUUCACACAUGUGUCCAUUAAUAAGCGUAAUUUUCUUUUUGCUUCCAGUUUUAAGGGAAAUACGCAGAUUUACAAACACGUCAUAGUUGACCUAAGCGCAUGAGACACCAAAUUCUGUGGCUGCCAUCAGAAACUUUCUACAGUACAUGACCCAGAUGAACUCAAUGCAUGAUGACUCUUCUUAUCACACUUGCAAAUGAAUGCCUUUCAAACAUUGAGACUGCUAGAACUAAGCACUACCAGUAUCUCCAUCCUUAACCGUCCAGUCCAGUGGUGUGGGAAGUUACCUUUUAUAAGACGAAAUUCAGUUGUGUAACUGUUCUUUGCAGUGAAGAUGUGUAAAUAAGCGUUUAAUGGUAUCUGUUACUCCAAAAAGAAAUAUUAAUAUGUACUUUUCCAUUUAUUUAUUCAUGUGUUCAGAAACAACUGCCAAAUAAAAUGUUUACAUUUUCUUUCAUA